AUGAACACCAUGACAGUUGACUCCACGAAUACCCCUUUGACGAACCGUUCACCGAACGGAAUUCAGAGAAAACUCACGACCACAAACCUGAACGGAUUUCAGAGCACUUUUGCCAUCUGGGCCAACCAGGUACUUGGGACCACCCAGCAACACUUAUGACAGACCCCGACAAACCUGUCAUCGGUGUAACCAACCAGGCUACUAUAUUAAAGCCUGCCCCCUCAACAACGUUUGGGCUUCCUGGAAUAAUCAUACACCUUACUCUGGCCCUAAUCAAUCAGCCAGGGCUCUCUGUGUGGACCAGGAGCCCCAAAUGGAAAAGCAUCUGGGGCCACUUCAUGAGGCCAAUCCCGUCUAUGCAGCCUCUGGGGACACCAGAGCCGCAUCAUAA